AUGUUUGACAUUUAUCUAAGAGAAUUAAAAGAAAAAAUAUUUAAAAAUUUUGUUUCUUCAACUCCUUAAUGUGUAACUCCUAAUUUAGUUACUUUAUUUUCUUUAAUUUUUGGGAUUAUUUCAGCUUUGGCAUGCUCUUAAGGAUUAUAUACGAUUGGAUUAUAUAGUUGGAUAAUUAAUAGGAUACUAGAUGGAUAUGAUGGAACACUAGCAAGAGUUAGAAAAAUGUAAACAGAUUUUGGCGGAUAUUUUGAUAUUAUUGCAGAUUUCAUAACAUAUUCAAUAGUACCAAUAGGGAUAGCAUAUUAAAAAUAAAAUAUUUAAGUUUAUUUCGCAUUAUCUAUUAUGCUUGGAACUUUUUUUGUAAACUCAGUAGGGCUAUUUUAUUUAAGUGCUAUUUUAGAAAAAAGAAAACUUACUAAAAAUAACGAGCUUACAACUAUUAGUAUGCCUUAGGCUUUAAUAGAAGGAACUGAAACAGUAGUUAUGUUUUCUCUUUUUAUAAUAUUCCAAUAAUAAAUUGUAUUUUUGUACUGGCUUUUUUCUAUUGGUGUUUCAAUUUCAAUUACAUAAAGAGUUAUUUUUGCAAAAAAAGUACUAAAAGAAUGAAACAAUGAUAUAAAAAAACUAUAAAUUUAUUAUAAUAAUUUUAUGUGUAUUUUAUAUUUUAGUCAAUUAU